GAGAAAACAACCAAGACAUUAACAACCCAAGAAAAGAGAAAAGAAAAGUGCAUUUUGCUAGAAGUCUCUGUAGAAGGAGUUGAGGGUACCGUCAUUUUCUCCAUUUUUGGAAAUCAAGAGAACAAUAUGGAACCAAACCCAAGACCUCCAGGUAGGCCUCGUAGGGAGCAGAAUAAUGAUGAACGUUGGGAACAGAUGAUGCAAAUGAUGCAGCAACAACAACUUAUGAUGCAACAACAACAAGCUGUUACGACUAGCAUAAUGAAUCAUCUUGCGCAAUCUGUCGGGCCUGCUCAUCCACCGCCACCACCUCCACCAGAGGCCUCAAACAGAUUAUUUUAUGACUUUCACAAGUUGAAACCCCCAGCUUUCCUAGGGAGCCCGGUGCCGUUGGAAGCUCAAUCAUGGUUGGAUGAAAUGACCAAAAUUUUUCUUGUGGUGCGAUGUACUGAAGAAGAUAAGGUAGCUUUUGCUACUCAUAUGCUACAAGGAGAAGCUGAGAACUGGUGGAAGGGUGCAAAGGCAUACAUGAUAAGUGCGGGUACACCGAUGAACUGGGAGAAUUUUUGUACUGUAUUUCUAGAUAAAUAUAUUCCCAUGAGUAUAAGAAAACAAAAGGAAUUUGAAUUUACACAUCUUCAACAAGGAGACAUGUCAGUUGCUGAUUAUGUGGCAAAGUUCGAGGAACUAGCAAGGUUUUGUGCCCAAGCAGAGUACGCCCCAAAUGAUCGAUGGAAGAUAAAUCAGUUCGAGUGGGGUUUGAAUCCAGAGAUUAAAAGUAAUUUGGCCCAACUAGAGAUAACUUCUUAUGCCACUUUGGUUCAUAAAAGUUACUCUAAUGACUGA